AUGGAAGACUACCACCCCCACCACCCACCACAUCACCACCACCCUCACCAUCCUCAUCACCCAGAUCACGGCCCCAGGCCCAGCGCUCCUCCAACGACCCACUCCACCAACUCCUUCUGGCACUCAGAACCCUCCGCACUCCUCACAGGCCAUCGAUCCACCCGCGACCUGCCCAGGACAGCAGAUGUAGUAAUAAUCGGAAGUGGCAUUACCGGAGCCAGUGUGGCACAUCACUUACUCACUUCCACUCACGGCGAAGGAAAGAAAGGACAAAGUGUUGUGAUGCUAGAAGCGAGAGAAGCAUGUUGGGGAGCUACAGGAAGAAAUGGCGGCCAUUGCGUUCCCAUGCCCAUCGAACACCCGGAAGACCCAACAAUAGGCCGCUUCGAACUGGCAAACUACCACGCCAUCCAAUCCCUCGUGGCGAGCAAGAACAUCGCCUGCGAAUUCGUCGCGCAGCCCGGCGUAGCUGCAAUUUGGGAUCAACGGACUUUAAUCGGCGUCGAGCUGACUAUGCUCGCGAUCCAGGAGAGUGCGCCUGAUCUCCGCCAGACCAUGCGCCUAGUGACGGACCGAGACGAACUGGCGAAGCUGCGUGUGCCCACCGCCCUUGGAGCAAUAGCAAGCAGCGUGGCGGCGCGCAUGUGGCCGUACAAGUUUGUCGCGCGCAUCCUCGAGGAUCUGCUGACCUCCACCGAACUACACGGGAGCUUCAAUUUGCAGACGCUGACGCCGGUGGAAUGUCUUGCGCCGUACGACUUUGAUCGAUGGACGGUCAAGACGCCUCGCGGCUGUAUUGUUGCGUCUAAAGUGGUGUUGGCUACGAAUGCUUACACUUCUCAUCUCCUACCGGACUUUGCGGAUUUGAUAGUGCCGUGCAGAGGACAGAUGAGUGCACUGACGCCGCUGCCGAGUGUAGAAGGCGACAACAGGCUCCUGGCGAACUACGGCUUUCGAGGCGACGGGAUGGACGACUACCUCGUCCAGCGACCCAACGAGAGUGGAGGUCAACUGAUGUUCGGAGGCGGGCGCCAGCAGGGCCGGAGCAUGGGCGUGACGGACGAUUCGUUCAUCAGCGACAAGACGGCUCAGUACUUGCGAACGCGUCUGCUCGAAGCCUUCAGCCUGCCCGAAGGCAAAUCGAACAGCAAAGCGGGGAAACACACAGAGUUCAAAGCCGAGUACGAAUGGACGGGCAUCAUGGGCUUUUCGCGCGACGAGCUUCCCUGGGUUGGACCGGUGCCCGGCAAGCCGAAUGUCUACCUCUCCGCCGGCUACACCGGCCACGGCAUGCCUAACACCUGGCUCUGCGGCAAGGCGGUCGCGAGGAUGGUGCAGGCCGACAGGACGGAUCACAUCGAGGAUGCAUGGGAGGAGUUUGGUCUGCCGCAGGCGUAUGUAGCUAGUGUUCGGCGAAUGGCGGAUUCGAGGCUGCUGGAAGAGGUCGAGGCGAAGGACUGGGCGGAGAUGGAGCGAGGGCGGCGAAGGACGGACAGGCCGCAUUCCGGGUAUGCAUGA